UGUCUCUGUCAAAACGGCUCUCGUUUGACAGACUUCUAUUGUUCUUUUAUUUGGGGUAGAGAUUUGUGGUUUUAAUUGGAUUAUACGGUUUUUGCUCUCGGUUUUUGGCAAUUAAAUAAACACAAAAAGAUUUUCUUAAACUUGUUAAGUGAUAAUACAGUUUAAGGUGUAUGUGUAAUAAAAUGUUUAAGCUAUUAUGGAAAAAUUUCCACUAAACCAAAGAACAACUAGUGCCCAGUUGCCCCAAAACACACCAAAACAUUAUCAAGCAGUUAAUAAGAAGUAUACUAACGGUCAUUCGUCAGAAAACGGCCAUAAUACCACAAAAACAAGAUUUUCAGAUGAUGAAAUGAUUGACAUCAAUACAAGCGGCGGAGAUCAUCGGAAUACCAGAUUAGAUGACGAAGAUGGAAUAUCUCAUUAUUCCAUUUCCUAUGGAGGAGUAUCAGAAACAGGUGGAGAUAUACCUGGAAUUGGACAGUAUGAUGAUUUUCAUACAAUUGAUUGGCAAAGGGAUAUUGCUAGAGACCGAAUGAGACAUAGGUAUAUAGUUAAAAAGAAACAAGACUCUUUAUGGAAUCUGGUAGAAGGCGCCCAUGAUGCGUGGUCUGGCUGGCUGUGCGUUCUUUUAGUUGGCUUAUGUACAGGAGCUGUGGCUGGCGUUAUCGAUAUUGGAGCUAGUUGGAUGACGGAUUUAAAAUUUGGAAUAUGUUUACAAGCUUUUUAUUUAAACAGAGAACAGUGUUGUUGGUCUAAUGAAACAAGUUUCGAGACUGGCAAUUGUACCCAGUGGAGAACCUGGCCAGAGGUACUUGGUCAAGCUAAACUUGGAGCUGGACCAUACAUAAUAUCUUAUUUAUUUUAUACAAUGUGGGCUUUACUUUUUGCUGCUUUGUCCGCAUCAUUAGUAAGAAUGUUUGCUCCUUACGCUUGCGGAUCUGGUAUUCCUGAGAUUAAAACAAUUCUAAGUGGUUUUAUAAUCAGAGGAUAUUUAGGAAAAUGGACUUUAAUAAUCAAAUGUGUUGGUUUAAUUUUAUCAGUGUCAGCAGGACUUAGUUUAGGAAAAGAGGGACCAAUGGUCCAUAUAGCUUGUGCAAUUGGAAAUAUUUUAUCUUAUCUUUUUCCUAAAUAUGGAAGAAAUGAAGCCAAGAAAAGAGAAAUAUUGUCUGCAUCUGCAGCAGCAGGCGUAUCUGUUGCAUUUGGAGCACCUAUUGGUGGUGUACUUUUUAGUUUAGAAGAGGUUAGCUAUUAUUUUCCACUGAAAACGCUAUGGAGGUCUUUCUUUUGUGCUCUGAUAGCUGCUUUUAUUUUAAGAUCCAUAAAUCCUUUCGGAAAUGAACAUUCUGUUUUAUUCUAUGUUGAAUAUAAUAAACCUUGGAUAUUCUUUGAAUUAAUACCAUUUAUUGGACUUGGAAUUAUUGGAGGAGUAAUAGCAACAGUAUUCAUUAAAGCAAAUAUAUAUUGGUGUAGAUUUAGAAAAUACUCAAAAUUAGGACAAUAUCCUGUCACUGAAGUUUUAGUUGUUACUGCAUUAACAGCUUUAAUUGCAUUUCCAAAUCGGUACACAAGAAUGAACACUAGUGAACUUAUUUAUUUACUUUUUAGUCAAUGUGGCAUUGCAAAUUCAGAUCCUAUUUGUGACUACAAUCGUAAUUUUACUAACGUCAAAUCAGCGAUAGAUUUAGCAGCUGCUGGUCCAGGAGUAUAUAAUGCUAUUUGGCUGUUAAUCAUUGCUCUGGUUUUGAAAUUGGGAAUGACCAUAUUUACUUUUGGCAUGAAGGUUCCUUGUGGUUUAUUUAUUCCAUCUCUUUGUCUGGGAGCAAUUGUUGGCAGAAUAGUGGGCAUAUUUAUGGAACAACUGGCCUAUAAUUAUCCCAAAAAUUGGCUGUUCAGUGGUGAAUGUUCCAGCGGAGAUGAUUGCAUAACGCCUGGAUUAUAUGCAAUGGUAGGUGCGGCUGCUGUUCUGGGUGGGGUCACCCGGAUGACAGUUUCUUUAGUCGUUAUAAUGUUUGAACUAACGGGAGGUGUCCGAUAUAUCGUCCCUUUGAUGGCGGCAGCUAUGGCAAGCAAAUGGGUAGGAGAUGCUCUAGGCAGGCAAGGGAUCUAUGAUGCUCACAUUGCCCUUAAUGGAUAUCCCUUUUUGGAUUCAAAAGAUGAAUUUCAGCAUACUAGCUUAGCUGCUGAUGUCAUGCAACCGAAGCGCAAUGAAACACUAAGUGUAAUAACCCAGGAUUCGAUGACAGUAGACGACAUUGAAGCACUUUUAAAAGAUACAGAACACAAUGGUUACCCAGUGGUCGUUUCAAGGGAAUCACAGUAUUUAGUAGGAUUUGUUUUAAGACGGGAUCUUAAUUUAGCUAUUGCUAACGCAAAACGACUGGUAGAUGGUAUUUGUGGUCAAUCAUUGGUUUUAUUUACUGGCGGCAAUCCACCGCAGUCUUUAGGUCCUCCACCGCUAAAACUGAAGAAAAUAUUAGACAUGGCGCCGAUAACAAUUACUGAUCAAACACCAAUGGAAACUGUAGUGGAUAUGUUUAGAAAGUUGGGAUUGAGACAAACUCUAGUCACUCAUAAUGGGAGAUUGUUAGGUGUGAUAACGAAAAAAGAUGUUCUUAGACAUGUAAAGCAAAUGGAUAAUGAGGAUCCUAAUUCUGUUUUGUUUAAUUAAUUUAUAUAUUUUUUUAUGAUAUGAUUAAUUUUUAUUGGUUAUAAAAAUCAAUUUUUUAUAUGAAUUAAGUGUAAAAGUUUUUUUCUUUUGAAAUUUUAUGUCAAAAAUGUAAUUGAAUCUUUUUGGUUUAAGCAAUUUUAUCUCGUGUGUUAUAACUAUUUAAAUAUGUAGUUACAUAAUUUAUAAUAUAUUUUAAGUUAUUAGAAAACCAUUAUAUUUUAGUAUAAUUAUUAAUAUAUCUGUUAAUUGUUUUUAUAAUACCUAAUAUUAAUUUAUAAAAAAGUAAAGUAAAUAUCCUACAUACUCCUUCAACGUCUUCCUUUCAACAUACACUAGUUUUCUGAGUGAAUGAUUGACUGACAGAUUAUUUUUUGGCAAUGUGAAAAAUCCCACUGUUAAUGCUAUUUAGAACUACUAUGUAAAUUUAAUGUAUAUUCAGAUAAUAUAGUUCUAAAUGCUCAGAUGAAGUCUUAUAUUGUAUGUAAUAAAGUUUUAUAAAGAGUAA